UUUCACAUCUCAAUAAGUUUACUUUCAAAAACAAGUUCUAAAAAAAACAAAAAAACUUCAUCAAUGGAAGAAGGAAAGUCGAGAAAGCUAGGUGGUUCUCUGAAAGUCCCUAACGUUCAAGAACUUGCAAAGCAACAACUAGCAGCCGUUCCACCACGAUAUAUACGUGAUGAUAUUGAAAAUCAAUCAUAUUCUUCCAUAGUAAUAUUGCCUCAAGUUCCAGUUAUUGAUAUGAAAAAAUUGCUGGAAAUUGAUGAUGAUUCGGAGCUCGAGAGGCUUCAUCUUGCUUGCAAAGAAUGGGGAUUUUUCCAGUUGGUGAAUCAUGGAGUGAAUUCAUCAUUGAUGAAGAAAGUAAAAUCGGAAAUCAGAGCAUUUUUCGAUCUACCAAUGGAAGAGAAGAAGAAAUUUGAGCAAGAAGAAGGAGAUCUCGAAGGAUACGGGCAAGCUUUUGUUGUAUCUGAAGAACAAAAGUUAGAUUGGGCUGAUUUACUUUACAUGAUCACUCUCCCUACUCAUUUGAGAAAACCUCACUUGUUUCCAAAGCUUCUCGUCUCACUCAGGGAUGCGUUGGAACAAUACUCAACAGCACUGAAGGAACUUGGUAUGAAAAUUCUGUACGUAAUGGCAAGAGCUUUAGGGAUGAAAGCAGAGGAUAUGAAUGUGCUAUUUGAAGAAGACGGGACACAAAUGAUGAGAAUAAAUUAUUAUCCUCCUUGUCCUCAACCAGAGCGAGUAAUGGGGUUAUGCCAUCACACUGAUUCUGUUGGUUUAACCAUACUCCUUCAGGUUAAUGAAACUGAAGGUCUUCAAAUUAAGAAAGAUGGUGCUUGGAUUCCGGUUCCAUAUCGUCCUGAUGCCUUUGUUGUUAACAUUGGAGACAUUUUAGAGAUUGUGACAAAUGGAAUUUACAAGAGCAUUGAACAUCGAGCCAUCGUUAAUAAGGACAAGGAGAGGAUCUCCAUUGCUACAUUUCUGAGCCCUAAAUUGAAUGGAGAUUUAGGUCCAGCAGCUAGCCUCCUCACUCCUCAAUCCCCUGCACAAUAUAGGAGGAUUGGAGUGGCCGAUUAUUUUAAAGGAUUUUUUUCUCGAGAGCUCGUUGGAAAAUCAUACAUAGAUACUCUAAGGAUUGGAGAUGGAGAUCAUGGGAGCAAUUGAUCAAUGUUGCAUUUGGAUACCAACAGCUUGUUUAAUAAUUUGGAUGGAUUUUUUUUU